CCGUAUCCCAGCAUACCCUGCGGUGUAGCGUGUAUUGGGGAAGCGCAGAGCUGUAGACAGAAGAGCUUCAGGUGCAGUAGUAGGAAGACCCCGUCAUGUAUAUGCAGGUAGAAAGCCACACCGGGACCCUCCUACAUCUGAAAAGGAAUCCCAGCAUCCGCUCGUGGUCGCUGUUAGUUGGGAUCUCCUCGGUCGGCUUGGCUGCAGCCUAUUACAGUACAGAUUCCUGGGCGUGGAAGCUCUUUUAUGUGGCCGGCUGCCUGUUUGUGGCUCUUCAGAAUCUUGAAGAUUGGGAGGAAGCAAUAUUUGAUAAGAAGGCUGGGAAAGCCGUCCUAAAGACAUUCAACUUGUACAAGAAAGUUCUCACGUUUUGUAAAGGAGGCCAAGAGCAAGUGGUGGUACUUAUCAAAGAGAUUCGGGAUGUGAACGUUGAGGAGGAGAAGGUACGAUAUUUUGGGAAAGGCUACCUCAUUGUCCUACGUUUUGUCACUGGCAUCUCCCACCCUCUUACACAGAGUGCCUUGCUCGGAGGUAGAAGUGACGUGGAAGCAGUGGCAAAACUUCUGACCACCUUUUUAGACCUGAACCUGGCAAGUUUCCACUCCCAAAUCAAGGAGGAGAGCAGUGACAGUGAAGAGACUCUGGAUAAUGAAUGAGUUGACGCGAAUAUUGGCCACCAACAUACCCAAGAUACAUGGUGGUCUUGCAGACCAAAGCAAAAUAUUAUUAUUUUUUUAGGGUCUCUUUAAUUGUAUUUUAGUUUUGCACUAUCCUUAUAGCGCCAUCUUCUGUGCCUUGAAGGGCGAUUUGCCUUAGUUGCCUCCAACUAUUUAUUUAUUGCAGAAGAAUACCAAAUCCAACUGUGGUUUGGUAUUAAUUGUCCACUAGGGGGAGCUUAUCGUGUGUCUUAUUCUGGAUACACAGCUUUUUCUCCAACUUUAUGAGAAGUCAAGCACUCCCUGUUCAUCCAAAGGGAAAAAAAUCAAUAUGGGUUGUUUUUAGAUUAUAUAUAUAUUUUUUUUUUAUUCAAAGCACACUUUCUGGUACUUAAAUGGGACUGUUCAGGAUUUUCUUUUAUAGAAACGGCGCCCCUCUUCUCCAUGGACGUGUCUGGUAUUGCAAUACCAGUAACAACCAGAGUGACGUUGUUCUUCUAAGCUUUGUUACAUGACGCCUGUGUGAUAAUAUAGUAUGUAAACAAUUACCGCCAUCUAAUUGACGGUUGCGUUGCGCUGUUACUGGUACGGUGCAGUUUUUGCUUGGUAUAAAGAGCUCCCAAUCGGAUUUUUGGGAGGUCUGUUAGUAUUAUUAGAGCUGCUUGCAGUGCAUUAGGCUUAAAGUCUUCUGUAAAGGGUUAAAAGGGAAAUAUCCCUUUAAUAUAAGGCAGCGGCGGUGUUCCUGGUCUGCUGCGUAUUGUACAUUCCUUAGUGCUGACGGGUCUGGAUUCAGGGGUCAGAUGAAAGGUUAGGCCGGCGGAGAAUGAUCAAAAUAUUUCUUAAUAUAUCUGUAUAGUGGUCUGAGCUGAUACAAAGGUCCAAACCCUCUGCAUAGUAAUUAACCCUUUAAGAGCCAAGCCACUGAGGGUUGUUUGCGGGACGAGUUAUAUUUUUGAAUGGCACCUAUGCAUUUAACAUAUAAUGCAUACAAAAAUUUGUGAUAUGAUAGGAAUUUUUUAAAAUUUUAUAUAUAAAUUAUUUUUCUUUUCUUUGAACCUGCGAUCACUUCAUCCUAUUAUACCCUCCCUCUGGCCGGGUGUAACGAGAGCACACUGUCACAGGAGGACUAAGGGGUAAAUGAUAAUUUUAUCAUUGCUUGCAGCCACCACUAGAGGGAGCUCGGUGCAUACUCUAUACAUAGUACUUCCGAUUAUUUUUUUUUUUUUUAUACUGAUCACCUAUUUUCUGGAUAGGUCAUCAGUAUCUGAUUGGUGGGGGCCUGACACCCCCUCUGAUAAAUUGUUUGAGAAGGCUGCAGUGCUCCUGUGACAUCCCGUAGCCUAGGGGCAGCUCAAGUGAAUGGGACUGAGCCGCAAUACCAAGUACAGCCACUAUGCAAUGUACGGUGCUGUUCUUGGAAAGCUGCGAGGAGCCUGGUGUGCACACCAGAGCUCGGCAGCUUCCUCAAUGAGCUGAUCGGUGGGGGUUCUGGGUGUCGGACCCCACCGAUCAGAUUCUGAUGACCUAUCUUUAGGAUAGUUCAUCAGCUAAAUAAAGAGAGUUGUAAAACCCCUUUAAUAGUAACACUGUAUGCAGUAAGCUCCCCCUAGUGGUGACUGCAGGAGCCAGAAUAUAUGCCAAUGCAGGGAAUCUGAAGCUCUACCUCUAUAAAGAUAUAUUAGGAAGUUAAAAGUUGUACGUCCACUUUAAGCCAUAAGCGGGUGGUGCUCAGUGCAUUCGUAUGACGUGGCUUGGCAGAAAUAGUCACCUACAUCUACCCACCGUCUAUAACCUUACUUUCCACAGACUUAGAGUCGGGUCCUAAAAUGCUGUAAAAUAUAUUUAUUCUACAUCUGAAUUGUGUAUUUCAUGUAUUUUCUGCUGCCGUUUAAAUGCAAUAUAAAGGUACUUAAAGGGGAUGUUCAUUUUUGACCAAAUGCUGCUUCCUUGGACACGACCCACCCCCUCGACACUCCAGAUUAUCUCUUAGUGUCUAUGAAAUAAAUACUGCUCUGUAAAUGAAAGAAAUGCUGGUAGACUUCUAGGAACGGUAGUAGGAAUGGCCAUCUUAUAGAUUUAAAGGGACAGUAACUCCAAAUAAAACUAAUAUAUUGAAUAUACUACAAGCUAGACUUUUCAUACAUCUAUACAGAGAACUAGAGGAUUAUUUAUGUAUUCCUCUUUACAGUCUCACUUUAUGGCUGCUGUAAAAUAUUAACUUUAGUACGGAAGGUACAAUAGUUUAUUGCAGCUCUUGGCUUGUUUCUCACCGCGGACUAAGGCAGUGGUCCCUAACGUGUGGCUCUACAGCUGUUGUCUAAUGUGGGUAUGGGCCGUCAGGGCAUGCUGGGAGUUGUAGUUUUGCCUAAGCUGGAGAGUGACGGGUUAGGGACCAGUGGCUUCAAGAAAGUCAAAGAAACCAGACGUCUUGGCUUUAAUUAUGACAGGCUGUAAAGCAAGACCUUCCUGGGGGUGUGUGAUA